AUGCCAGUCUAUCCAGUGAAUGUCAAGUGGGGCAAAGUAAGGUUCGAUAAUGUUCAAGUUAACACUGACGAACCACCAUUGGUUUUCAAAGCUCAAAUCUUUGCUUUGUCCGGUGUUGAGCCUGAAAGACAAAAAGUCAUGUUUAAAGGCAAAGUAUUGAAGGAUGACGAAGAUUGGACAAACUUUAAAUUGAGAGAAGGUGUUACCGUAAUGUUGAUGGGUACUGUUGGGGAAUUGCCAAAGCCACCCGAGGAGAAAACUGUAUUUGCUGAAGAUUUAACUGAUGCUGAAUUAGCUACUACGUUGGAUAUGCCGACUGGAUUAAUCAAUCUUGGUAAUACUUGCUACAUGAAUGCUACUAUUCAAUGCCUUAAGAAUGUACCAGAACUAUGUGACCAUUUAAAGCAAUAUUCUGGUCAAGUUUUUGCAGAAGCAGAUCCACAACAUAUUCUAACGGCAGCGCUACGUGAAUUAUUUAAUACUAUGAAUAGAUCGAAAGAAGCAUGUCACCCUUUGCUUUUCUUGCAAGUCCUCCAUCAAGUAUUUCCGCAGUUUGCUGAGAAGAAUGAGCAAGGCAUGCUACAACAACAGGAUGCAAAUGAAUGCUGGAUUGAAGUUGUCAGGACUCUGCAGCAAAAGUUAGCACUUGGAAGUAGCUCAGGGAACGCCGGCGCUGGAGCUGCAAAUUCUAAUAUCAUUGAUCAUACGAAAUGUAUAGAAGCACCAGACGAACCAGAGAAAUGUUCGGCUGAAAAAUUUUAUCAACUACCGUGUUACAUUUCUGCUGAUGUAAAAUAUAUGCAAACUGGAAUUCAACAGAGAUUACAAGAAACUAUAACAAAAAAUUCUAUUACAUUGGGACGAAAUGCGGAAUAUGUAAAAUCGUCGCUCAUUAAUAGAUUACCAGGGUAUUUGUGCGUCCAGUUUAUUCGUUUCUAUUUUAAAGAAAAAGGCGCAAUUAAUGCUAAAAUCCUGAAGGAUGUUAAAUUCUCCUUAGAUUUGGACGUUUUUGACUUAUGUACGCCGGAAUUACAACAAAAAUUAAUACCGAUGAGGAACAAAUUUAAGGAAUUCGAAGAUAAGAAUAUAGAAAAGGAGAAGGUGAUAGUCAAAAAAUUUUAUACAGUUAUUUUCUAUUUGAAAGAUACUGGAUCAAACAACAGCGGAUAUUACGAAUUGUCUGCUGUCUUAACACACCAAGGAAGAUCAUCUAAUUCUGGUCAUUACGUUGCUUGGACUAAAAAGAAGGAAGGCAUGUUUUUUAAUAUUAUUGAUAUCUUGACACUUGGAUUAAAUGUGACGAUGAUAAAAUCUCAGUCAUUACAAACGAAGAUAUACUAA